AUGCUAUCUCAAGAUCUUAUACUUGAGAUAGCAGAUUACCUACCUCGUAGCUCUCUAGGCGCACUAUCUCUUACGUGUAGAGACAUGCACGCGGUGACCCGAAAAUACUGCGCUUUGCAUUUGAAAGCUUUGUCAGGAGCUGGGCUUCACGAUAAUCUGGACUUCUUGCGCCUCCUCGAGCGAGACUAUCCUGAUCACUUUGCGUGCUAUUACUGCCAAGAUCUUCAUCCGAUCGGGGAUGCAGAUAAGUACAGACCAACCUUCGGCGUUUCGCGCAGUUCAGCUCCCCUUUGCGUCUCUCACCUCCCUUUGGAGUUUCUUAUUAACGAACACUUCAGUUAUGCCAUCUUUCAGAUCGCUAUGACUAUAAAUCGUUGCUACGGCAGCAGCUACCGCUUGGUCUAUUUUAUCAAACUGCAGUGGGGUACGAUAUCGAGACUUUUCGAGACACUUUCGAAAGUUACCAUAAACACCGAUAUGCAAGGAUACAAAAGAGCUACAAUAACUAGCUGCUCCGUCCCUUGGUGGUCAUCAACCUGUGGUCUCAUUGUGAAAGCGCAGCAAGUUUUCCUGAUACCGCCGUCUCAAGAAUUUCCAUGGCCCUGGGGUACGAAAAUAUUCAUAUGUCCACAUCACGACGAUCUAGACAUCACCGCCGACAGUUUUGAAGGGGAACUUGCUCGCAAAAGUCUAGCCCUAUGGGACCAGCCCUGCCAUCCAUACUUCGCACGCGAAGGGAAGAUUGUGAGAUGUCACCAGUGUCAUACCGAGUGGCGGAUCGAUUUCCAAAAGUUGUCGGGUGGUGGCUUCAAGAUGUUCCUCACAAUCUGGAAAGCAUUGGGUAAUGGAGUCUCGCCCCGUGACCCCAUGUUUCGAAGGCAUGUGGAUCAGGGAGAGGAUAUAUACAGAACGAGAAUCCAAUGGGGUGGACAUUACUUGGGCUGGGAAGAACAUUCCGACCACGCGACCUCUUUCCCAUACUGGACAUUUCUCAACGCCAAGCAAGAACAAGCUAUGUUACCCAAUCUCGAGAGACAAUAUCCUGAUUUGAACAGAUCCAGGGUUUCCAGAAGUAUUGUGAAACCGGCACACAGUGGAACAAUAAAACCGUAA